UUCAAUAUUCAGUUGUAAUUCGAUUUCAAAACUGUAAACAAAUCAUCGAUUUCAGCACGGAAGAAAAAUGAAAAUCAAACAUUGGAGCCCAUUGCUGGCCAUUGGAAUUUUUAUAAAUUUUGUGGCCUUAGCAACCUGUCUGGAUGGAGAUCUGCAACAAUUAAAGCUGAUAGAGGCCUCGAUGGAUGCCGGAAUGGAUCCUUGUGAAGAUUUCCAUGCCUAUGCCUGUGGCCGUUGGUCCCAAGUCAAUAAGGGGUUCCAUGUGGAUUUGGAGGAAUUGUUGAAAUAUAAUUUCACCAUACGCCUGAUGGAGCUGAUGAUGGGGAGAUAUCCCAAGAGCGUGUUGGAGGGGAGGGAGGAGAAGCAGACAGCCAUGGAAAAGGCUGCCGUGUUUUUACAUUCCUGUUUGAAGGUCAAAACUGUGGAGGUUACCAAAUACUUGGAGGAAAUUAAACCUGGUAAGGGUUUGGAAUGGCCAUUGAUGGCUGAGAGUUCGGCAGGAAAUUGGUCGGAUUUUAAUGCCUUCGAGUUGCUGGGCCAAUUGCAGAGUUAUGGCUAUGCCUCGGAUAUUUUGGAACAAACCACGGUGCGCAGAAAUGGUAGUAUUUUGACGGUCUUGACAAUACCCGAUGUGGCCGAUUUCGAUGAGGAGGGUAUUGGGAAAAUAUUGAGAGACUUGAGACUACCAGCCGAUGCUGUGAGCCAACAAUUGCAGGAGUUACGUGGCACCCAUGACUACUGGCAGGCUGCCUAUCGGGACUAUGGCGAUUUUGGGGAAAGUGAAAAUCUUUUCUCCCACAACGAUAUACGACAAUCCAAUCCCAAAUUGGAGGGAUUUUUGAAUCAUGUCCUGCCGCCCAAAUUAAGGGAGCCCGACUCCUUGGUGGUAAUCCCUUUUUGGGAUUAUCUGGAAUUUUUACUCUCCCAAAAUUGGCAGUCGUCGGAGGAGAAUCAAAAAUUUGCCAAUUAUUUAAUGGUGAAAUUUUUACUGCAUCUGAAGAAGUCCACCAAUCCGAUUUGUUUGGAGACCACUUUGGAGAGAAUGCAUUUGGCCUAUGAUUAUGUAUUCUACGAGAACUUCUAUGUCCCCCAAGGAAGGGCAAUUAACAGGGACCUCUCCCAGCUGAAUAAAAUUAUUUCGAAAAGUUUCCAUUGGACUCUCCAUGAAAAUCGCCUCAACAUAAGCUCCCAGCAAAUUGAGGCCAUCAGGCAAAUGUUGUCGAAAAUUACUCUCAACAUUGGCAAUUUACCGGAGAACCUUAGCCCCACAACUCUAGAGAAAUUCUAUGCCCUCCUGCCAGAUUUGGAUAUCAACAACUUUUAUGCCAAUGACUUGAAAUUAAUGCAACAUCGGACCCUGGAGCCCAUAAUAUGCCCAGCCACCUUGGAUUGUAACCCGAAAUUGGCCACAGCUCCCAAAUAUCUACCCGAACAAGAUUUACUCAUCAUACCCUUUGCCUCGCUACACCAGCCCGUCUAUCAGGCCAAUAUGGAUCCCCUUUUCCAACAUUCCUCCCUGGGUUUUCUGCUGGCCCAUGAGUUCACCCACAACAUAGAUCCCAACGGGCUCAUUACCGAUGACAUGUAUGGCCAUUUAUUUGUCAGCAUUAUGGACCACCCUAAUAUCAAGGCAUCGAUAAAAUGUCUAAAAGCCCAGCAGCCCAGCAGCAACGAAGUCAGUGAAACCAUUGCUGAUUUAGUGGCCGCCCGUCUGACCUACCGCUCAUAUCUAAGGGAUUAUAAUCGGCAACCCAAUUUCUCCGCUCUGCCUUGGAGGCAAUUAUUCUUCCUGAAUCUGGGGCAAAUGUUAUGCUCGAAGCCUUUGUCGAACAAUGGAAAGCGCUUAAAUCACAUUGCCAUGAACAUGGCGGCAUUCUCGAGAGCUUUUCAGUGUCCGCUGGGCAGUAAAAUGAAUCCGGAAAUUAAAUGUCGUUUUUAUUGAAAUAAAAAAAUUAAUAAAAAACAAAAAUAA